GAGAAAUAUAUAUAGCGCCCUCUGUAAGUUGUGGUGGGAAUUUAAAAUGGCAUCAGCAAAAUACCGAACUACUCAAGAAAGUAGAAAGUCAGCUUUCCUUGGAUCCCCAAUCAGCAAUGCAGAUAGAAGUCGAGCAACGUCCGGUGGCAAGAAUGUUAGUUUCCACCAUCAGGUACAAUCUCCAAUGCUUUCAACUGUAAAUGAACGUUUGGGUUACUUACGACCAUCGCGGGAACUUCUAGAAUACUAUCGGAGGAAAAUUGCUGAGUUUGACGAUGAGCAUGAGCAGAUGCUAAAUAAACUGGAACAAUAUAAAAUUACUUAUGAACAACAGCACAAGCUACAAUGGGAGUUGAAGCAACGUGAAGAUGAAAUUGCUGAGCUUCAGCAAGCACUCAGCGAUAUGCAGGUGUUCCUGUUUCAGGAGCGCGAACACGUCCUACGACUCUACUCGGAGAACGAUCGCCUUAAGAUCAGAGAAAUUGAAGAUAGAAAAAAAAUUCAACAUCUUUUAUCCCUAGGUACCGAGGGUGAACCUGAAGUGACAUACUUCCACAAAGAACCUCCAGCUAAGGUGGUGGUCCCUCAAAGACGCCCCCAAUCUCACCAUCCUUAUACAUCAGAGGGGGACAGGUUAAGUUUAGCUGGUCAGCUAGGGGGUGUAUUUAGGUCCAGAGGAAGUGAUCAUCAAGCACCAGGAGGAAGUAAGACAAAAGCCAAUUCCAAGGGAACUGGUGCUACGAACUCAAACAGCGAUGACCCUGAUGUUGAAACCCUGGCUUUACAGGUCAAUGCCCUUCAAGCACAAUUGGAGGAACAAACAAGAGCAUCACGAGAUCAAAUCAACACACUGCUCGACGACAGGCAAGUGAGAACAGAUGAAAUGCAAACAGUCAUGGAGCGAGACCGUCAUCGGAUAAUACAAUUAGAGGAAAAAUUACACAAAACACAGAGUCUUCUAUAUGACAGCACCAAAGAUUACUUGGAGCAGAAAUAUCAGAGUCGUGCUGUGGAGAGGGACUGGAUGGCGGAGAAAGAUGAACUAUUACAACAACUGGACAGGUGCAAAGAGGAGUUGAAUAUGUCAAAGGAAGAGGUCGUACAUGUAUCCCAUCAUGCAGUAGACACACGACAAUCAUACAGUGAUGAACUUGAGAUUCUACAAACCCAAUUAGAUCAAGCACACAAGAUGGCUGAUGUUUAUAGGGAACAGGUUAUAGGCUUGGAGGACGAGCUGGCCCGCAUAAGAGAGCAAGAUGACGUUGGCCGAGAGGUUUUCAAAGAGAGAACUGAGAAAAUGAGCAAACGACUUCAGUUAAUGAACCAACGCUACCAAGCCCUAGAAAAACGUCGCAAUCUGGAGGUAGAGGGCUUCAAAACGGAUGUGAAGAGACUACGUACCAGACUUAAGGAUGUUGAGAAGCAGCUGUUCAAGGUGACUGUGGGUAUAGGAGAAGAUGGAGAUCUAAGGAUGUUGCACGACAUCCACAAGACUGCCAGACGAUCAAAGAAGAUCCAGGGAGAGCUCCACAACCUCAAAGCCAAGGUGUACGGACUGGAGGAUGACCUCCGCAGGAUAUAACCAUGAAAUAUGAGUGAAUUGGGCAAAUCCAUAAUGGUUAAUAGUGGUUGUGUAGGUGAAUGAAGCAAUAAUGUGUAUCACUACUGUUCUGAAUAAAAUUAAGGGUGAACCUAACCUUUAUCCCAGUGUAUGGACAGGACGAUGACCUCAUGAUGGCUUACAUCAUUGCAAGAACAGGUAUGGAACUCAUCCAUGUUGAUGGAGAUGGAAUGAACUGGUCUAAUCCAUGGGUGUUUUGGUGAGCAAUGGAUACCAUUAUUGUUCUGGAGAAAACUUCAAUGGGAACUUAAGCUCAGUAAAGUUGUAUGGGCAGGAAGUACCUCAUGACCUAUUACUCAUAAGUGGACUUGUUAAAUUUGUGGUGGUUAAUAGUGGUGGUUUAUGCGAAUUAUGAAUGAAGCAUUGAUGGGUGCCAUAACUGUUCAGAAUUUUCAGAGGGAACUUCACCUCAGCCAUGGUUUACAGUGUACGGACAGGAUGAUGACCUCAUGAUCUUAACCAUUACUCAUAGACUUGGGAGUAUACUGGUCAAAUUUGAGGCAGCUGUUAAUAGUUGCUUGGAUGUAUCAAGCAUGAAUGAGUCCCAUACCUGUUCUUGCAAUGAUGUAAGCCCUGUUAAAAAGUGACUCAACAGACCAUUGUGAUUAAAAUACCUGGGGAAAGAUCGAAGGUGGAUCAGGUGUAAUUUAUUCUCCUUGACUUCCAUUUAAAUUAUUUUAAGAGAUUGAAUAUAACAAUGAAAAAUGUCCCACCCAUUAUUAAAAAAUGUAUUACACAUUUUUAUAAUUAUUUGGUAUGUAAAUUGUUAGUCUUAUAGUUUGUACUAUCCUGUAUGUAUAAUUAUUAAUACAACUAUAUAAUGUACAAAUUAAAAAUUGAUCAAAAAAUUAUUAAAAGUCAGCAAACUGGCAUGGUAGUUUGAAAACAUGAUGCAAGAUGUUACUGAUAUUUUGCAAGUACCAAAGAACUUAACCUUUGACACAUAUCUAAUGCCAGAUUUAAAUGUGCCAAAUUGAAGACACAUGUCCCAUUAAUGUUCUUAACCUUCUACUGUAGGCCUACAUUGCACAGGAUUUGUAACCGGUAACUCAAUUUGCCAAUUGGAUAAAGAUGGUGUAUAGAGAAUCUGGAACCAAUUAAUAUUCAGUAGGGCUUUUAAUGACAUCUAAAUUGGAGAAGAAAAAAAAGAGAACUUUGUAUCAAAUUAUUUAUGCCAAAUUUAUUAAUUAUUAGAAUAACAAAGAGGUAAAAAUGUUAACACAGAUUAAACUACUUGUCGAUAGAAUAAUUAUUAUCAUUACUUGGCCAAAGGACACAAGGAAUUGAGCAACCCAAAAUCUCAAAAUCAAAGAGCAGAGCCCAAAACACUUGAGUUUCAAACUAUUUUAAAUUAAAUUUAAUACAUUAACGACAGCAGCGUAUCUAAAGUCUUGAAAUGGGGGUGCUGUAAUUUUUGGAGAGGCACGCGCCCCCUGCGCACUUCCUACAGUAGAUAUGCCACUGACUAACGAUGUAUUUUGUCUUUGUGGUUACCAUUUUACCUUCAAAGUACAUGGGAUGAGUUAUGGUUGUUGAGUAAUUAACAAUAAUCAUUAUUACCAACAUGCUUAAGAACUUGUUCUAUAGUUGCAGUCCUAUUUAGCACAGUAGCAUGCUACCCAAUCAGGUACCUAGUUGGAGAGUGUCAGUGCAGAUAAAGUGCCUUGCCCAAGGCCAUGAACAAGUAACCCUGACCUCUCAAAUGGAGCCAUACCACUGUGCCACCUUCUUAUUUAUCAUGGGACUACCACAGUACCCUAAAAAACUUUCCCUUUUAUUUGGUAAAUAAUGAGACACAAUGAUGUUGAACCACUUGUAUAUAAGGUCAUUUAGAAGUCAGUCAGACCAACUUAAAUGACUACUUUCCGAUAUGGAACCAAUGUGUGAUUACGUUAAUAGUACUGCUAUUAACAGCUGCUUAAAUCCCUGGCAUAAAAAGCCUUCUUUCUCUAGAGUACUCAGGCAACGUUUCCUGGUAUUAUCAAACAGCCGCUGCAAAUUAUGUAGGUUGUAAAAGAAUAGCUUUACGUUAGUUGGGUUUGGUUACAUUGUACGGGAAGUUACCUCACAUGGUUAAUCCCAAAGGCCUUUUUCAAAAUAUGUAAAUGGGGUCCUUGGCUCUAUAGUAAUAUUGUGUCUGUAA